CCAUUUGAAAGCAAGACGACGAUCUCAGAGGAAUCAGGGAUGAUGAGAAUGAGCAAAGCCCAUGUUGAUCUUUCCCCCAUCAAGAUAGAGCAAGAGAUGGUGAAGAAGGUGGACAAAGAGGAAGUCGAUGAGCCAUUGAGUCCGAAAGCUCGUCUGUUCCAUGCCCCUGGAUUGAACUGCUGCGUCGUAUCGAUGUUGGGCAGUCGAACGAAGCUGAACGUGGAUGCCAUCAAAGUUGGCUUAGAGCACCCUCCGCAUCCUCACUUCUCCACUGUCCUGGUCAUGGAUGACAAAAGGCGAGGGGAGAUGAAAUGGCGAAAAACCAAGAUUGACGUAGAUAACCACGUGAUCGUCCCGAGUAUAGACCCCGACAACAUCAAAUCUCCGGACAAGUUCGUGGAAGACUACGUUGCCAACCUCACAAUGACCCCCAUGGACCUGUCCAAGCCACUUUGGGAGCUCCACCUCCUCAACCUGCAGACCUCUGAUGCCGAGGCCGUCAUCAUCCUCCGCUCUCAUCACUCCAUCGGCGACGGCGCUUCUCUUAUGUCCUAUCUCUUUACCAGCUCUCACCGUAAACCAUCUCUACCUCAUAAGUCGUCACUCAAGGAUAAGAAAGAAAUCGAGAGAGUUGGUUUUUGGCGACGGUUCCUUGAUAUGGCGCGAUUGAGUUUGCAAAUGAUUUGGAAUACAUUCGUCGGUGUUUGUUUGUGGCUGGCGACGGCACUCUUUCUGAAAGACACGGAGACGCCAAUCAAAGGAGGCGUGAGGGUGGAGCUCAACCCUAAGAGGUUUGUCCGGAGGACGUUCACUUUGGAUGACAUAAAGCUAGUGAAGAAUGCCAUGAACGGGACCGUGAACGAUGUUUUGCUUGGAAUAACAGAAGCCGGUCUUUCUCGCUAUCUCAACAGAAGAUAUGCAGGAGAGGACGACAAAGUUACCAGUGCAUCAGCCAAGAAGGACAACCUUCCCAAAGAUAUACUUCUCAGGGCAACACAUUACGUGAACUUAAGAAUACCACCCACUGAAUCAAAGGCUUCGGCUCAUACUGAGGAUGAGAAAAAAAUCAAGGUCGUGACAGGUACUAAGGUUGGGUAUAUCCUCCUCCCUUUCUCCAUAGCCAUGCGAAAUGACCCUCUUGAAUAUAUUCACAAUGUAAAAUCCGCCGUGGAUCGGAGGAAGUCGUCCCUCGAAGCUUCCUUCUCAUUGUACAUUACAGGCAUCCUCCUCAAAUACUUUGGCUUUAAGGCAAUAGCUGCACUGUACUACAGAAUACUCUCGAACACGACGAUGACAUACACAAACAUGGUCGGAUCGUUAGAAGAGGUGGAUUAUUUAGGGCAUCCCUUGACUUACAUUGCCUUCGGCACUUACGGUUACCCACGCACAUUGUCGAUUCACUUCAUAAGCUACAUCAAGAAGAUGACGAUGCUCAUAGCGGUCGAUGAGGGCGCGAUUCCGGAUCCUGACCAGCUCUGCGACGAUAUCGGAGCGGCUCUUCAAUCGGCCAAGGAUGCAGUGAUUCAAAGGGGGCUCGUCAACUAGUCACCAGAUAUCAUCUUUUGCAUUUUUGAAGUCGUUUCUUAGUAGAAUCUCUUCUUGUGUCGCUCAUCUUGAAGUCGAAACUCGUGACUUCCAUUUUAUUCCCACGAGUUAAGUACACAUCCACACGCCUAAGGUACCAUGAGAUUGAUCAAGAAUUAAGGAUGGCUCCUUUUUAUGAUAAAAUUGUGAUUAGUCCA